AGGAACAGGAAGUAUCCUAAUAUGGAAUAGAGAGGCUCUAGUAUAAACUUCCGGAAGCUCUCAGCUUGAAGAGAAGUCUCUAUCAGGAUUAUAAAAACUAAUAUAUACUGAUCUUUUUCACACGGUAAAAUGUCCAAGUCUCUGAAGAAGAUAGUGGAGGAGAGUCGGGACAAGAACCUCCCCGAGGUGGAGAUGUGCGACAGAGGCAUCUCUAACAUGUUGGACGUGCCUGGACUCUUCACUCUGUCUAACAUCACUCAGCUGGUCCUCAGCCACAACAAGCUCACAGCUGUGCCUGCUAACGUCUCUGAGCUGAAGAACCUGGAGGUCCUCAACAUGUUCAACAACCAGAUAGAAGAGCUGCCGACUCAGAUCAGCAGCCUUCAGAAGCUGAAACACCUCAACCUCGGUAUGAAUCGUCUGAGCGGCUUACCCAGAGGGUUUGGUUCAUUGCCAGCUCUGGAAGUGUUGGACCUCACCUACAACAACCUGAACCAGAACUCUCUGCCUGGAAACUUCUUCUACCUCACCACUCUUCGGGCUCUCUAUCUGAGUGACAACGACUUCGAGGCCCUGCCUGCCGACAUCGGGAAGCUGACGAAGCUGCAGAUAUUGAGUCUGAGGGACAAUGAUCUGAUCUCACUGCCGAAGGAAAUCGGGGACUUGGCUCAACUCAAAGAGCUUCACAUCCAGGGCAACAGACUGACGGUCCUGCCCCCCGAACUUGGUAAUCUGGAUCUGACUGGUCCUAAACAGGUGUUUAAAGCAGAGAACAAUCCCUGGGUCACUCCCAUCGCCGACCAGUUCCAGUUGGGCGUCUCCCAUGUGUUUGAAUAUGUUCGCUCAGAGACCUACAAGUAUCUCUACGGCCGACACAUGCAGGCCAACCCAGAACCUCCAAAGAAGAACAACGACAAGAGUAAGAAGAUCAGCCGCAAACCACUGGCCGCCAAGAACAAAUGAGGAGGAGACAGGAUGGAGAAGAACGCUCGCUCAGCCGUCAGACUCACUGCAUGUGCCUUAUUUCCUUCUCUUUUUACUUUAAAUAUAUAUAUAUAUAUAUAAUACGCAUUUUCUAUUGUAUUUGUAUUACAUCCAAAUGUAUGAAUUAUGUUUCUAAAUAUGUAGUGUUACAUAUUGUUUGGUCUGUAUUCCACUGUGCCUGGGUAUACAUGGAUGUUCUUGUUUUUUCAACUCUUCUGGACUGAAUUGUCUUGGUUUUACUUACAGUGCAUGGACUGAAGGUGACUAUUGGUUACGCUUGUCUAGCCACCAGAUUAAAAACGGUUUAACCCUU